AUAUCGUCAUGCUGCUAUAAAACAUGAUUUUUACGAUUUUUUUCCAAGUAUCCGCUCUUUAUUAUGUCGUCUAACAAGUUGCUCUAUUUGCUUCUUUUUGUAGCUGUUAGUGCUGCUGCAAAAAGCCUAAACGAUGACACCUGCACCAUUACCGAGUAUUCCCAAGUGACAGAUGUAGUUAAAAAUUGUAAAAAUAUCGUAGUUUCCAACCUCAGAGUUCCUGCUAACAAGACUUUAGAUCUAAAAUUGCAGAAUGGAUCUGAAUUAACUUUCGAAGGAAGAACGUACUUUGAUUAUUUCGAAUGGAAAGGACCUCUUAUUAAAAUCUCGGGAGACAGUCUCAUCGUGAGAGGUGCACCAGGUCAUGUCUUGGAUGGCCAAGGUGAAUUAUAUUGGGACCACUUAGGAGGAAAGGGUAUCAAGAAGCCAAAAUUCAUUAGACUAGAAGCUAGCAACUCAUUAUAUGAAAACAUUUAUUUGAAAAACUGUCCAGUUCAAUGCGCUUCUGUCUCAGUUUCCAACUCCACUAUUGAUGGAUGGCUCAUCGAUGUAUCUGAGGGAGACAAAAACAACUUUACGGGCCACAACACCGAUGGAUUUGACCUCAGCAGUAGUAAUUUGAUUCUACAAAACAGUAUAGUCAAAAAUCAAGAUGAUUGUGUUGUCGUAAAUGUAGGUUCCAACAUCCUAGUCAGAAAUAUGGCUUGCUAUGGAGGCCACGGUCUCAGUAUUUCCGUUGGAUUCUCCAAUGACGAUUUUACUAAGAAUGCCGUUUAUAAUGUAACUUUCGAGGACAGUCUCGUUCAUCGUUCUCCCAACGGAAUUCACGUUAAGACACAUGCAGACAGUGGACCAGGAAUUAUCCAGAACGUUAUUUACCGAAACAUUGAAUUUAAAGAUAUCAAUAACUUCGCCUUGAACAUCCAACAAGAUUAUGUCAAUGGUGAAGCUACGGGAAUCCCAGGAACAAACAUCCCAAUUGUUGGUUUAUGUCUCGAAAACAUUAGCGGGUGGAUGAAGAGUUUUAACGACUCUCCAACAUUGGAAGCACUUAUUCUUUGCGGAGAAGGAGCUUGUGGUGAUUGGGAAUUUAAGAACAUUGAUAUUACAGGUGCUCAAAAUAGCAGUAUUUGUACCUUCCAACCAGAAGGUUAUAGUUGUUAGGUUACUUGUAUGUUAUAUAAGACAUUAAACAUUUGUAUAUUACAAGUUUUUAUAAAUUGCAUUGAUCAAGAGUGGAAAAAUAUUAUAAAUUUAA